AUGUCAGACCCUGCGAGAUACACCAUAGGCUGGAUUUGUGCCAUACUCACCGAAUAUGUUGCCGCAAAAGUAACCCUAGAUGAAACACACGAAAAACCAGCUUCCCUGUCACCAAAUGAUACGAACAACUACACGUUAGGCAAAAUUGGGAAACACAACGUCGUUAUCGCCGUUUUGCCAGAUGGAGAAUAUGGACCAGAUUCUGCCGCCAGCGUGGCAACGAGCAUGCUGCGCAGCUUCCCUAACAUCAGAAUUGGCCUUAUGGUCGGGACCGGUGGCGGGGUACCUAGUGAACAGCAUGACAUUCGUCUGGGCGAUAUUGUUGUGAGUGCGCCUUGCGGUGGUACGAGUGGUGUGUUCCAAUACGACUUUGGCAAGUCCAUCCAGGGCCAGGGCUUUGUGCAUACACGGUUCCUCAACCAGCCCCCUACUGUACUGCGCACUGCGAUCACAGAGAUCCAGGCACGGUAUGAGAUCGAGGGACAUCGGCUUGUGGAGACUGUCAACGAACUGAUAAACAAACACCCGACGCUACGACAAAAAUACGAACGACCACAGUCAAGCACCGACAGGCUAUUUAAAUCUCAAGUGACUCAUCACGCAGGAGGCUGUGGAAUUUGCGCGAAAAACCCCUUGGAUUUAGUAUCGCGACGCGAGCGAACCGAGAAUGACGAUAACCCUACCAUACACUACGGCCUGAUUGCUUCUGCCAACCAGCUGAUGGAAGAUGCUUUGAUUCGAGAUCGGCUAGCAGCAGAGAAAAACGUUCUUUGUUUUGAAACGGUAGCCGCAGGGCUGGUGAACGAUUUUCCCUGUCUGGUUAUUCGAGGCAUAUAUAACUACUCGGAUUCUCACAAGAGUAAUGAGUGGCAGGGGUAUGCGGCUAUGGUGGCGGCUGCCUACGCCAAAGACUUGUUGCGUGAAAUCAUACCGAACACGGUCGAGGCUGAGAAGAGGAUCGGUGGCAUUCUUUCUGGUCUCCAGGAUGUAGCGGAAGAGCACAAAAACAUUUCACAGAAACAGCUUGAUUUACAGGAAAAUGAAGUCAAGCAGAGGUUGUUCGACAGGCAAUUAGAGUGCCUUCGUCUGUUCCGUCUCACCUCCAGCGCCGACGACACUACAUAUGAGUGGUACAAGGAUCGUGUGCAAGCUCGAGUUCCAGGCACGUGUGAAUGGUUCUUAAAGCAUGAGACUUUCCACCAGUGGCUAGAACAAGAUUCUGGGCUGUUGCUGGUGUCAGCGGACCCAGGCUGUGGAAAAUCUGUCCUGACUAAAUAUCUGAUUGAUGAAAACCUGCUACGUUCAGAAACAAUCUGCUACUUCUUUUUCAAGUCUCAAGACCAGGAUACAGUCCGCCAAGCACUUUGUGCUCUGCUCCACCAACUCUUCAUCCGAAAGCCGCUCUUGAUCGAAUAUGCUAUGCCAGAAUUCGAGAAUAACGGGCGUGAUAUGAUCAAUUCGACAAUAUCUCUCUGGACUAUUCUGGAAAACGCAAUACGAGAUCCACAGGCCGGACCUAUAACCAUUGUUCUCGAUGCCCUGGAUGAAUGUACUGAGUUUGAGAUUUCAGGCCUGAUACCAAGGAUAAAGAGUCAAUUCCGCAACAGCCACUCAGGUUAUAGCAGGUUAAAGUACCUUUUCACAAGCCGGCCAUAUGAACAGAUCAUGGGAAAGUUCCAGAGCCUACUAGAAUCAUUCCCCUAUGUUCGUAUACCAGGAGAAGAGGAGUCGACACAGAUUAGUCAAGAAGUCAAACUUGUUAUCGAGGAUCGGGUCGAGCGGCUAGCGCGAGAGAAGGAUCUCUCAGACCAGGUGAAACAUCACUUAAGAAAGAAAUUGCUCGACAUUUCGCACCGUACCUAUCUCUGGGUAUACCUUGUUUUCGACUACCUAGAGAGAGAACAUUUUAAAAAAACACCAAAAGGGAUCGAUGACACUAUCGCGACCCUACCCAGAAAUAUCUAUGAGGCAUAUGAGCAGAUUCUUAAGAAGUCAAAGCAAGACCACAGAGUUCGGAAGGCCUUGAGCAUGAUUUUGGCAGCAAACCGGCCAUUGACCGUCUCUGAAAUGAAUGUGGCAUUAAAUGUUGACAGGGAAUCAAAGUCUCUUCAUGACCUUGAUCUAGAGGAAGAUAAAGACUUCAGGUCCCGCCUCCGAAAUUGGUGUGGAUUAUUCGUGUCAAUCCAUCAUGAUAAGGUUUAUUUUCUUCAUGAAACUGCUCGAGAAUUCCUGCUUGUACAGACGCCGGCCCCACCACCCACAAUUCCUUCAGAGUCGCGUUGGUAUCAUUCCAUCAGCAGCCAGGACGCACAUAGAGUUCUUGCGGAAGUCUGCGUGUUGUAUCUUGACAUUCUUAACAAUGAAUCUUUUCUCGAUGCAAAGAGAGAAGAUCAUCAAUUACUCGACUUGUAUACUUUCUUGGAUUACUCGGCAAAAAAUUGGGGUGCCCAUUACCUUGAAGCUAGCUCUAGCAUGUGUGCUGACUUAAUUUCUUCUGCGUUAAGCAUAUGUGAUCCAAAAUCAAGGAGCUGGUCUGCGUGGUUCAAGACUUAUCGAGAGAGUAAAGACCGGGGCCCCCCUAACACCUUCACCAGCCUCAUGAUAUCAUCCUAUUUUGGACAUGUAGAUAUUGUCAGGCUGCUGCUUGAGCAGUAUACUAACAUAGAAUCCAAGGAUACUUUUGGACAAACACCACUAUCAUGGGCAGCUAGGAAUGGGCAUGAGAGUGUUAUCAGACUGCUGCUUGAGCAGAAUGCUCAUAUGGAAUCCAAGGAUACUUAUAGACGAACACCACUAUCAUGGGCAGUUAAGAAGGGGCAUGAGGAUAUUAUUAGGGUGCUACUUAGGCAGAAUGCUGAUAUAGAAUCUAAGGUUAAUUACCAUGAGUAA